AUGAAUAGAACACUAAGCAUUGAUCCGAGUGGAACCGGAACUACCGGGAUUUAUUUUCGGAAUGGUCAGCAAGAGGAAUUUAAUUGCUAUCAUGACCAAGACUGGCAAAAACACUAUGAAUUUAUUGUUUCGUUAGUGAAAGUAUACCAGCCCAAUAUUUUGCUUUAUGAAAGCACGAAUUAUGUAAGGUUGCGAGGGAAAGAUAUGACCAGCCUUUUUAAAUUACUGGGAGCUUUGGCUGUUUUGCCGGUGGAGCAGAUUAAGGGUGUGCCAGUGAACCAAGUCAAAACCCUGAAAGGCCAGCUAUUAAAAGGAACUAAACAAAUACCUGGCUUAGAGUUUGCCAAAGGCAGAGGCAAAGUAUCUAUAAACAACCUGGUCUCUUUCAUAUCUACCUCACCGAAAGAAAGACCGGCAAAACUUUCAGCAAAAUCCUCGAACUCUUUACCCGUAUCAUUCAAAAAGGAGAAUUCUUUGCUUGAUUUCAAGCCCCAAGAAUGGGAAGUAAAAGAAAAAGGAGUCUACUACCAAGGUGAACUUUACCUUUUCUUUUACGACUUGUUUUCUUACAAAAAAGCCCGAGGUGGUCGAGCCAAAACUGUCUCCGAAAUUGUUUACGAGGAAGCUAUCCCGAUCGACCAAGAAUUCUUACCCCCUAACCCUUAUUCUUGGAGUAGUUGGUUUUUAAGUGUCUUUGAAGAGCAAGACAUUCUCUUCAUUCUCCGGCAACAAGCCGAAAAGCUCAAAGAGCAAGGCAAAAAAGAAGGAGUAAAAGCUUGA